AUGGGCCCUAAAAAAAAAGAAGAAGAAAUCGAUUUAUAAACACUACCUCCUUGGUAAUCAUUAAAUUGCAUGAUUAAAUUUUAAGGCAAAAAAGAAAGAAUGCAAAUAUUAAUAAAUAAUUUAUUAACACAACCUAAAUCAUUUUAAAGAAAUAUAACGCGUGAAGAAAUAAUUGAAUUUGCUAAAGAAAAAGGCUUAUAUACAGAUCCAAAUACUUUAAAUGAGAAAUAAAAAAAAGAUACGAAAUUCUUAGAAUCUACUAAUUUAGAAUUAACACCAAAAGUUCUCGCAGAAGCUUUUAAUGCUCUUAAAUAUGAUUUAGAUAUUAAAGGAAGAAAAAUAAAAAAAUUAAAUAUAGACGCAUUAAAUGAGGCUAAUGAAGAUAAAAAAGUAGAUUAAAAAAAAAAAGGUGAUAAAAAAGAAACUAAAAAAGGAAAACAUUAAGAAGAAAUAAAAGAAGAAAAAAAACCAUUAGCUGAACUUGAAAAAGAAUAUAAAAAAAAUAUUGAUGUUUUUUAUUUAUUAUUUGACUACCCUCAAACUAAAGAAGAAAUACAUGCAUUAUCUUAUACUAAUAACAUAAUUAAUUUAAUUUUCGAUACUAAAGAAAAAGUAAUUUGGCCUUAAAUCGAAUUAUAAUUCUAAUAAUAAUAACCUGAAUAAGCUGGAAUAGUUUAAAAAGAUGAAGAAUAAGAAGAAGAAGAUCCAGAUAUAAUUGAAUCUCGAAGAUAAGAAUAAGAAAUGAUUGAAAAAUUAUAAAAAGAGCAAUUAAAUGAAAAAGAUUAUGAGUAUAUAUAUGAAGUUUAAGAAUAUAUAAAUCUAUAUAAAUAGGCUAGAAAGGAAGUUGGUAAAGAAUAAAUUUUGAGAAAUUCUGUUAUAAAGGAAAUUAUUUAUUAAAAUGAUAUUUUAUAGAAAGAUGAGAGUUUUAAGUCUUUUUUGGAUUAUUUUUUAGAGGAAAUUUGCAUGUUUUCUUUUGAUAUUUAGUAGUUUUAAGAAUGGAUUAAAGGAAAAAAAGAAUUGCCUUUAUGUCCUUUAGAAUAUGCUAAGAAAUAAAGGGAAGAAGAGGAGAAAAGAAAAGUUUAAGAAAGAUUAAUGUAUGAAUAAUAAAUUUUGGAAGAACAAAAAGAAAAAGAAAAAAAAUAAGGUAAAAAAGAGGCUAAAAAAGACGAUAAAAAAGGAAAAAAAGACGACUAAAAAUUAGAAGAAGAAAGAAAAUAAUAGGAGUUAUUAUUAAUGUAAAAAUAAUAAGAAUUAUUGGAAAAAAAUUAAGAUUUACCACCUGCUCUUGAAGUGGAACCUUUUUAAUUUUAUUAUAUGUAAUUAGAAAACGUUAAUUUAUAAAAAACUGGACCGGGAAUACUUUUAGAAUGCUUAUUAGAUCAAAUUUAAUAAGAGAAAAAUCAAGAAUUAAAUAACAAAAAUAAUUAAAAAGAUAAUGUCUAAAACAUUUUAAAUACUUUAUCUAAUAAAAUAGAUUAUAAAUCUAAUAAAGAUAAUAUUAAUAAUAAUAAUGAUAAUAUUAAUAAUAAAAAUAAUAAUAUUGAAUUUUUGGAAUAAUAAAUAAUUGAUGAAAAUGACGAAAUAGAAAAAAAAAGCCAAAAUUAAACUUUAAAUAAAAAAGAUGAAAUAUAAAUUAGGGAAAAAAACCUUUUAAAAAAUCUAGUUUUUCCAGGCUUAGAUAGAUAGAAUAUGCCUGAAAUUCCAGAAAAAUCUAUUGAUUUAAGAAAUGCUGAAAAAGCACUUAUUUAUCCUUUUAUUUCUUGCGAUGUGUCUGAAUUCGAAAGGAGAUAAACAAUUUGUAAAUUCGAGGAAAUUUUAAACGAAGCAGAACCGGAAAGGGAAUGGAAUUUUGGAGAUAGAAUAUAUAUAGAAAGGUUUAAUAAAAAUACUUUAUGUUAAAGUUUAUAAAAAGCACUAUUAUAGGAACCUUUAAUGGUUACUAAAUAUAAUUCUAGAGAAGAUAAUUUAUUUAUUGUUUUGUAUUUUAAAAAUCCACCAGGAAGGGUUUUUAGGAAAAAAUGGAAUGCAGAAUGGCAGGUUAUGCCUAAUUUGGAAAAUUGGAUUUAAUUUUUUAAAAAUAAUGAAGUAAACUAUAAAAAUGAAGUAUAUUAUAAUAUUGAUUAUGAAGUUAUUGGAAAUCUACAUGAGAGAAUCAAAUAUAUGUUCCCAGGAGAUAAUUCAGUUAUAUAUGGAAAUAAAUUCUAGGUUGGAGAUAAGAUAUUUUAUAGGUAUAAAAUUAUAAAAGAAAAUGUAGUUUUUGGCAUUAGAGAAAAUAGAAUGUAGUAAUGUAAUUUCUGGGCUUAAUUUGAAAAUUCAAAUUAGUUAUAUAAUAACUAAGAAUAUGUACCUUAAAUAAAUAUUUCUUUAUCAAAUGGUUUAAUAGUGAAAUUCUUAUCAAACGGAGAUGUGUAUUAAUAAAUAAUGGAUGAUAAAAAUAAAUUAUUAUAUAAAGAUUAUGAUGAUAUAAACCCAAAUGAUAAUUCAAAAUAAUCAGAUAAAAGAGAAAUAAAGAGAAUAGUAACAGGAAAAGGAACAGGAUUAAGAAAAGCAAGAAACAUAAUAAAUAACAGUGAAUAAUAAUAUGAAUCAGUUCCUUGUGCAAAAAGAACUGACCCGAAUACAGGUUCUUAGAUAAUUAUAAGAGAAGAUUAAACAUUAAUAAUUAAAUAUAUUGACGGUUCUGUAUAUACUAAACAUUUUGAUGGAACAUAAAUAUAUACUGCUUAAGAUAAAAAUACUAUUAUAAUAGAACAUAAUGAUUUCGCCACUAUUAAAGUCCUAUUUGAUAUAAACAAUGAAAAAAUAUUAGAAACAUAUUUACCUGAUAAAACUAAAGUUAUAUUUAUAAAAGAUUAUCAUUAAAUAUUUUUGGAUGAUGGUUCUCAAUAAAUUGAAAGACCUUAAACUCCUGAUUUUUAAGAUGGAGAAUAUAUAGAUGAAGAAUAUAAAAAUAUAUAUCCAUAAACUGAAAAAUGGAAUAUAAGGCUUUUUGUUGUUUAAAAUGAUAAUACAGGAUAUGAAUUAUUAAAUCAAUUUCAAGUUUAAAAUUAUUUUAAUUAAAAAUAAGAAAAUGAAAGUUGUUAAAAAGUGAUAGAAGAUUCUAUAAAAAAUAAAAAUAAUUGCACAUCAUAUACUUUUAUUUCUUCUUUAUUAUAGUUAGAAGAUAAGAAAAUAUAUCAUUUAGAUCCAUAGUAUCCUUAAGAUUUAGAUAUAAUUAGUAAAAAAUAAACUCAAAAAGUUUAAAAGAACUCUCCUAAUGUAUUUACUUUCCGAAAUUUAUUAAAAUUCGAGAAUUUCGACUCUAUAAAAAGGGAAGAACAUAAAAAAGACAUCGAAAAAUUCUAUUAAUGGAAAAAAGAAUACCAAAAACAGAGUAAUGAAUUUGGUAUUAUUUAAAAAAGCGAAGUAGAAAGAUAAGAAGACAUCAGUAUUUCUUUACAGAUUUUAAAUUUCCGAAAAAACUGUAUUUUAGAUGAAAAUUAUGAAGAAGCUAAAGAUAAUUUUAUAAAAAAUUUAAAAAAAAAAUAAGAAAAAGAUUCUUAAAAAAAAAAAAUGGAAAAAGAAGCCGAAAAUUUAGACGAAAUAUAAAAAACUUAAAACGAGAAAAAUUCCAAUAUAUAAAAAAUCUCUAAAAAAUAAAAAAAUAUUGAAAAUAAUUUCUAAAACGAAUUUUCAUUAAAAAUACAAAAAAAAAAAGAUGUUUUUGUCACUCAUUUCUUUGAAACAGAAGAAGGAUUAUAAGCCUUAAACUCUAUGGAAAAAUAUAUAUUCCUCCCAGUUGUAUUAGCUCCUAAUUUAAAAGAUGUAAAUAGAAAUGAUAUAGAAGAUUUAAACAGUCGAGCAAAUGAAUAUUAAUAAAGUUUUAAAAAUACUACUCUAAAAGCCACAUAAUUUAAAGAAAAUGAUCAACCAAUAGUAUAAUUAGAACCAGAAGGAAAUUAAUAAGGAUAUAUGAGUCAAAAAUAACCUUUUAAUAUAAUCAUUAAGCCUAGUGUAUUUACAUAAAGAGAAAUUGAUGAAGAAAAAAGACUCAUUGAAGAUGAAAGAGAAGCACUUAGAUAUAGGAAAAUCAAAACUAAAGACUAUAAUAUUUUAGGUGAUGAAAGAAAAGAAGAAUAAAAAUAAAAAAUACCUUGUUUAUUUAAAAGUAAUCCAAUAUCAGAAUUAAAUUAGAAAUAUUUACUUACAGACAGUUUAACUGAAAAAAGAAUAAAAAUAAGUUCUUUGGCUAAUAGAUUAUAUUUAAAAGCUCCAAGUAUUAAUGAAUAGAGAAAUACUGGAUCACACUAGGCAUUAGCAAAAACAUUAGAUAAAAAAUAUAAUAUAGAUGAUUUAGAAAAUAGAAAAAAUUUAAUGUUGACAGCAGAUUUAAAUGAUUAGUUAAAAAAAGAUAUUUCAAUUAUUCCUUGUUAAGUUAAUUUUGGUGUACUUAAAAAUGAUAGAAUUUAUUAAACAAAAAUUGUUAUUAAAAAUGAAGAUAUAUUGGCUUAAAGAGUUGUAUUAAAAUAACCUUAAUCAUAAUAUAUUAAAGUUUUUUUAAAUGAAUUAGGAACAAUUCCUAUGGGAUUAACUAGAGAUAUUAUUGUUAGAAUAAAUGCUUCAGCUGAAAUUAUCGGAAAGUUUACCGAAGAAUUUUAAGUUAUGACUAAACAUUCAGUUUAUAGAAUUCCUAUAUAGGCUAAUAUUUUAGAAAGUAGAGAAUUCGACUAUUUAGUAAAAGAAUCAAAAGAAAUUCAUGGAAAACAUAUUUUAAAAUAACAUGUUAAAGAAUUAGAAAUUGUAACUUUUUUUUUUUAUUUUGCUAUAUUAUUUUUAAAGGAUAAAAGAAAAGAUGUAAACGAAAGUUAAUAAUCUGAAUUAUUUCCUAAAUUAAAUAAUUUUGAUAAAAAUUAUUAAAUUGAUCCAACUAAAAAUAUAAUAAAAAAUAAAAAAGAAAAUAAUAAUAAUGAUUCUUUUGAAUAAUCUUUUAAUGAUUGA